ACAUACAUUCUUCGCUGUCUCUCUCUCUCUCUAUCUCUCUCCUCCUCUCCACUCUCCCAAGUCUCCUCCUCUGUUUUGUCUCUCUAAACCCUAGAAAGAGAAACCAGCAAGAGUUGUUCCGUCGAAUUCCUUCUUUUUCUGGGGUUUAGUUUCCGUUGGUUAUCCGAUUUUUGUGUUUUUUUGUAGAAGGAGAAUUGGAGUGUUGAAGCGAGAUGGAUCUUCAGAGCUUGGCGAUUAUCUUGCAGGGUGCACUUAGUCCCAAUCCGAGUGAAAGGAAAGCCGCUGAAGAUAGUCUCAAUCAGUAUCAGUAUGCGCCUCAGCAUUUGGUGAGGCUGCUGCAGAUCAUAGUAGAAGGGAAUUGUGAUAUGGCCGUCAGACAGGUGGCUAGCAUUUCUUUCAAGAAUUUCAUUGCUAAAAACUGGGCGCCUCAUGACCCUGGCGAGCAAUCAAAGAUCUUACCUGAUGACAAGGAAGUGGUCAGACAGAACAUUCUCAAUUUCAUUGCCCAAGUUCCCCCACUUUUGAGAGCACAGCUGGGUGAAUGCUUGAAAACAAUUAUACAUGCCGAUUACCCAGAACAAUGGCCAACUCUUUUGCACUGGGUGAAACACAAUUUGCAGGAUCAACAAGUUUAUGGAGCUUUAUUUGUCCUCAGGAUCCUUUCCAGAAAAUAUGAAUUUAAAUCAGAUGAGGAGAGAAUACCAGUUCAUCACAUUGUUGAAGAAACCUUCCCCCAUUUGCUUAACAUCUUUAACAGGCUUGUUCAGAUUGUUAAUCCUUCUAUUGAAGUAGCAGAUUUGAUCAAGCUGAUUUGCAAAAUAUUCUGGUCAUCUAUAUAUCUGGAGGUCCCGAAGCAGUUGUUUGAUCCAAAUGUAUUCAAUGCCUGGAUGAUCCUUUUCUUGAAUAUAUUGGAAAGGCCUGUUCCGGUUGAAGGACAACCUGCUGAUCCUGAACUGAGAAAAUCAUGGGGAUGGUGGAAAGUGAAGAAGUGGACAGUCCACAUAUUAAACCGCCUUUAUACUCGAUUUGGGGAUGUGAAACUUCAAAAUCCAGAUAACAAAGCUUUUGCCCAAAUGUUCCAGAAGAAUUAUGCAGGGAAGAUUUUGGAGUGUCAUCUGAAUUUGUUGAAUGUGAUCCGUACUGGUGGCUAUUUGCCAGACAGAGUAAUCAAUCUUAUUUUGCAAUACCUCAGCAAUAGUAUCCCAAAGAGUAAUAUGUACAGUCAGCUGCAACCAAAACUUGAUGUUGUUCUUUUCGAAAUCAUCUUCCCGCUGAUGUGCUUCAGUGACAAUGAUCAAAGACUCUGGGAUGAAGAUCCACAUGAGUAUGUGAGGAAAGGAUAUGACAUAAUUGAGGAUUUAUAUAGUCCUAGAACUGCUGCAAUGGAUUUCGUGAGUGAGUUGGUUAGGAAACGUGGAAAGGAUAACCUCCAAAAGUUUUUAUUAUUUAUUGUAGAGGUUUUUAAGAGAUAUGAUGAGGCAGCAGCAGAAUACAAGCCCUAUAGGCAGAAAGAUGGUGCUCUUCUUGCAAUUGGAGCAUUAUGUGAUAAACUGAAGCAGACUGAACCCUACAAAUCUGAGCUAGAGCACAUGCUUGUACAACAUGUGUUCCCUGAGUUCAGCAGUCCUGUGGGACACCUUAGAGCUAAGGCAGCAUGGGUUGCAGGGCAGUAUGCACAUAUUAAUUUCUCUGAUCCGAAUAACUUCCGAAGAGCAUUACACAGUGUUGUUGCUGGGAUGCGUGACCUAGAACUUCCUGUUCGUGUUGAUUCUGUCUUCGCAUUGCGCUCUUUUGUGGAAGCCUGCAAUGAUUUGGGUGAAAUUCGACCAAUCCUUCCGCAACUACUUGAUGAGUUCUUUAAACUUAUGAAUGAAGUUGAGAAUGAAGAUCUUGUAUUUACUCUUGAGACAAUAGUGGACAAGUUUGGAGAGGAGAUGGCUCCUUAUGCUCUUGGAUUAUGCCAGAAUUUGGCUGCUGCAUUUUGGAAAUGCAUGAAUACUGCUGAAGCAGAUGAGGAAGGUGAUGAUCCUGGAGCCUUGGCUGCUGUUGGUUGCUUGCGUGCCAUUAGCACAAUCCUUGAGUCAGUCAGCAGACUCCCCCAUCUCUUUGUACACAUUGAGCCAACUUUACUGCCGAUAAUGUGUAGGAUGCUGACUACAGAUGGACAGGAGGUCUUUGAGGAAGUUCUGGAGAUCGUCUCUUAUAUGACUUUCUUCUCACCCACUAUAUCACUGGAGAUGUGGAGUCUCUGGCCAUUAAUGAUGGAAGCUUUGGCUGACUGGGCAAUUGAUUUUUUCCCUAAUAUCUUGGUGCCAUUGGACAACUAUAUAUCCAGAAGUACUGCGCAUUUUCUCACAUGCAAAGAUCCAGAUUACCAGCAAAGCCUCUGGAACAUGAUUUCAUCAGUCAUGGGUGAUAAAAACCUGGAGGAUAGUGAUAUUGAGCCUGCACCUAAGCUCAUCCAGGUAGUAUUCCAGAACUGCAGGGGACAGGUUGAUCACUGGGUUGAGCCUUACUUAAGAAUCACUGUGGAGCGUCUGCGUCGCGCUGAGAAACCAUAUUUAAAGUGCCUCUUAAUUGAAGUGGUUGCAGAUGCUCUGUAUUAUAAUGCGUCAUUGACACUCAACAUUCUGCAAAAGCUUAAUGUUGCCACAGAAGUUUUCAACCUUUGGUUCCAAAUGUUGCUACAAACUAAAAAAAGUGGAGCGCGUGCUAAUUUUAAAAGGGAGCAUGAUAAAAAGGUCUGUUGUUUGGGCUUGACAUCAUUGUUGCCUCUCCCUGCUGAUCAGUUGCCAGGAGAAGCAUUGGAGCGCGUUUUCAAGUCUACACUUGACUUGCUUGUUGCCUAUAAGGAUCAAUUAGCAGAGGCUGCUAAGGAGGAAGAGGAAGAGGGAGAAGACGAUGAUGAUAUGGGGAAUUCCCAAACUGAUGACGAGGAUGAUGAUGCUAAUUCUGACAAGGAUAUGGGGGUUGAUGAGGAUGGAGAUGAGGCUGAGAGCGAUAAACUUCAAAAAUUGGCUGCUCGGGCUAGGGCUUUCCGUCCCACUGAAUCGGAUGAUGAAGACUCGGAUGAUGAUUUCAGUGAUGAUGAAGAAUUGCAAUCACCCAUAGAUGAUGUUGAUCCUUUUGUUUUCUUUGUUGACACUAUUAAAGCUCUGCAAGCAUCAGAUCCAUUGAGGUUCCAAAACCUCACUCAGACACUUGAUUUUCGUUAUCAGGCGCUUGCAAAUGGUGUUGCUCAGCAUGCUGAACAGAGAAGAAUAGAGAUCGAAAAGGAAAAAGUGGCCAAGGCCACAGAAGCAGCUGUUGCUGCCUCAUGAUUUUGCUAGCCUGAGGGUUCAUUAAUCAAGUUCCACAAAUUUGGUUAGUCAUAAUGUUCAAAGAAACCAAGAGUGAUUGCAUUUCUUGGAGUCUGGGUCGUCAUUUCAGUGGUCUUUGGUUAUCGAUGUGUCUAAAAUGGCUGUUCAGGUCCCAGCUUUUGUCGCAAUCCUCAAGAUAGGCGAUCUGAAUUGGGGAAUCAGAUUCCUAACCUUGAUUUCCCAGGUCCGGGUUUGAUUAAGUUAUCUGGUGAGUUGGCUCUUCUACAUCAGAAGAUGUCAGUUGCCAGCAUGUCGGUCCUUGGUGUCCUGCAGUUUGUACCAUUUUUUUUAUACGAAUGGAAGUUUCAUGUCAAGGUAGAAGUUAUACUGUCUAGGAACCCAUCUGUUUGGUUAGGGUGGAGGGUAAAAUGCAUUCAAGUUAUGAUGCAUGUUAGUCGUUUGGAUAGGUAGUUGAUCGCUGUAAUUUAUUUUUCUUUUGGAGGGGUUGCGUCCUAAAUUUUCGUCUUUGGAUGUUGUUGUGCAUACAUUAUUUUCACCGACUUUGGUUCCUCUAGUUUUGGGAGGUUUUGAUCUUUCUGGAGGUGCAUAGUUGAGUUUUCUGCGGAAUGUAAAACUAAGUUUAUUCUUUUAUCCUGUGUUAUCACGUUGGAAGGGUUUAAAUAUUUGAUUCAUGACCA